AUGUCAAUCGGAAAUUCAAAACUCACAGACGCUUCGAGCAGAGCAUCUAUUUACGAUCAAAUCAACUCCGUUCUUCUCUUGUACAUAAUGAAGAGUGUCAAGGCUACGUCAUCGAACCUGUGGAGGCAGUUAACAGCAUGCUAUGAAAUCUUAAAGUCAAUGGAGGAACUAUCGCUUGCGUUUCUGUAUCCCUUGGUAUUAGAAAGUUUGGAGACUAAGAACUUCUUCCUCCAGCUCCAUUUGAAGCUGACCCUGGAGUACUUGGAAUCUACCAAGCAAUAUCUGGAUUUGGAGGGCUUAGACGCACGUGUGAUUGACAAAAUAUUGAUAAGCUACAAAUCAAGAGACGGCUUAAAGUUCGAGGAAGGCUCCGAUCGCUACUUUGUUGAGGAAACGAUUAGCCACUUGGCUCAGCUGAGGGACGUACAAGAGGAUUUGUGGACUUAUGUCAGGCAAUCGGUGAAUAGUGAAAUGUGGUCUGCGAGACGGACACUGUGUUUUGGAAUCGUAGUUUUGAUACUUGUAUUGCUGGUUUCACCACUAUUAAUACUUUUACUACGGUAUACAAUUAAUACUAUUCAGAAAUUCACAGAAUCAAUAGAAAUAAGUACACAAAAAUUAAUGGCUGAAAAGCAGAAGAGUGACUUGCUUUUAUCAAGGAUGCUGCCUCUACCAGUAUUAAGGAGGCUUCGUGCACAAAGGACCGUACCCGCGGAAUCUUUUGACGCAGUCACUAUAUACUUUAGUGAUAUCGUUGGAUUCACGAAUAUAUCUGCGAAUAGCACUCCUAUGGAAGUGAUUAAUAUGCUCAAUAUGCUUUAUAAGAUGUUUGAUGAUAAAAUAAUGCAGUAUAAUGUUUACAAAGUGGAGACUAUAGGAGACGCUUAUAUGGUCGUAUCGGGACUUCCACAGCGGAAUGGAAACCUACAUGCGUCAGAAAUAGCAGACAUGUCUCUCUCUCUAAUGAGAAGUCUGGAAGGCGCCAGGGUUCCUCACAGACCCGAAGAGUUUCUCCGCAUUCGAGCUGGCGUUAACACGGGGCCGUGCGUUGCUGGUGUCGUAGGUACAACGAUGCCUCGAUACUGCUUAUUUGGCGAUGCUAUUAAUACAGCUAGUCGUAUGGAAAGUACUGGAGAAGCAAUGAAAAUUCAUAUUUCCCCGACAACCAAAGAUGCACUCGACGAGAUUGGAAAUUACAUUGUACAGUCACGAGGACUGGUGGAUGUUCAGGGCAAGGGCGUAAUGGAGACGUUUUGGCUCUUAGGAAAGAAAGAUGAAAAGAUAGAAAGCCCCAAGUGUGUACGAUUACAGGAUUACGACCAAAAUGUUUUAGAACUUUUAAUAAGGUCUUAAAGACUAAUUAAGCGACCCUAGAUUUUCUUUUCAAUUUGCUCAAUAAACACUUGCUCUAAAGCUAAAGGCCUGAUUCACUUUUAUUAGUGCGAGUGCAAGUGAUUAGUAAUUUAGGAUGAUUAGUGCAGGUGUAUAGUGCAAGUAGAGUCCAAUUCUUGUUUAGUGGCUCUGUUAAGUAUAUCCGAGCUAAACAAUAAAAUGACUUGUUUUGAAUACCCCUAAAUAUUGAUCAAAAACCCCUAAAUUGUAUUACCACAUUUGGUUUGAAAUGUGAUUUCAAAUAUGAAUUAAAAAUACGUUGAAGUAGUAAAAAAUAGCUGUUGUAAUUAUGUGAAUAAAUUUUACAUAUUUAUAUAUGUUAAUCAAUGACCGAAUAAUAUUAAUGGUAAUAGCAGUGAGAUGAAACAAUUCUUAUUUUUUUAUUGCUAAAGUUUUCUUU